UAGAGGCAGAGAGAGGGAGAGCGGGAGGGAGAGAGAGGGAGAGAGAGAGAGAGAGAGAGAGAGCGCGGACGUGUGUUAGUGCAAGCAGGGAGGAAGGAUGGCUGCUCAUGUCUGAACUGCCUCAGAUGCUGAAAGAGAGUCAAGGCAAUAUUCAGCAGAGGCAGAGAAACACAAGUCUCACUGGGGGACGCAUCUUGUUCAUCAUUUGUGGGGAAGCAGAAAAGGUUUGGCAAUGCCUGCUGAAGUGAAAGAGGAGCAGAGUGCAGAGGGGCCUCCUCCACUGUCUUUGUCCCAGGAAGCCAAAGAAGGAGCUCUGGAUAACCCAUCAGCCAGUGACGAACUGGACACGCCCACUUCCAUUGCCUCUGUGAUGACCUCGACCAAUGAAAGCUCCACAGAAACCGACACCCCACAGCAGACAGACACUGAGGAGUCCAAGGCUGUGGAACAAGAGGGUGAAAAGGCCACGAGUGAGACCCAAGAAUCUACAGAGAUACAGCAGGAGAACCUGCAGACAUCAGCCUCACCUGAUCUCACAUCACCAUCAGUGGUUCGAGAUGACGCUACCACUGAACAACCUACUCCUGAAACAAGCACUCAGCCCUCUGAGGCUGUUACACCAACCACAACAACCAUCAGCACUACCAUGGCACCCCCACAACCCCAGCUGAUAGUGCAGCCUUCUGAGCCUCAGUCAGCUAACCCAGACAGUCAGAGCGCAGUGUACGCCCUACCUGAUGCCUACAGAGGUAUCGGGGGUGACUUAUGUGCAGGAUAUGGAAGCCUGUCCCGAAUUAACCUCCAUGGCUACUGGUCCGCCAAAAACUUCCAGUCAGGGGCUCACUACACCUUACCCUUCCUCAGAGACAGCUACGCCUCUGCAGGCCUGAGCAGCCAGCCAGAACAGGACGGCCACAGUGAACGGGGAGAAAACCCUGUGGAUAUGAAGACCAACCACCCACCUCUAAAUUAUCCAACACUGGGGGGAAUCCACCAGUUUAGGCCAAUCACCACCAUGGAGCUUCUCAGGGAGCCCUCGAGAACCAGAAGUGGCUACGACGACGCCUUCAUGGCACAGCUGGAGGGGAACCUGAAUCCUUUCUUCCAGGCCAUGUGUCGAGCGCAAACCCUGCAGUUACCCCACAAACGAAGCAGCAUGGUCAGCCUGGACAGUAUCCGAAGAGACCCGCGUUGGAGAGAUCCCAAUCUGCAUGAGGUGAUCUCCAUGCUCAGCCACCCAAUGGACCCAGUCAAGUCCAACGCAGCAGCCUAUCUGCAGCACCUGUGUUAUGAGAAUGACCGAAUCAAGCAAGAGGUCCGCCACCUGAAUGGAGUGCCAAUUCUGGUGGGACUAUUAGACCAUCCUAAGGCAGAAGUCCACCGCAAGGCCUGCGGUGCACUGCGCAAUAUAUCUUUCGGGAAAGACCACAAUAAUAAGAUGGCCAUCAAGAACUGUGAUGGAAUCCAAGCUUUAGUUAGGCUGCUGAGGAAGACUAGCAGCAUGGAGGUCAAAGAGUUAGUGACAGGCACCCUGUGGAACCUCUCAUCACACGAGCCACUAAAGAUGAUGGUAAUCAACCACGGACUUCAAACACUGACUGAUGAAAUCAUCAUCCCACACUCAGGCUGGAAGAGAGACUUAGCAGACCCCUCGAAACUGCAGAGCGCUGAGUGGACCACAGUCUUCAAGAACACCUCUGGGUGUCUGAGGAACGUCAGCUCAGAUGGGGCCGAGGCUCGACAGAGACUGAGAGAGUGUGAGGGGUUGGUGGCUGCGCUCCUUCAUGCCCUUCAGUCAGCUGUUGUCAACAAGGACACAGACAAUAAGUCGGUGGAGAACUGCGUCUGCAUCCUUCGGAACCUGUCCUAUCACGUUCACAAAGAAAUACCAGGAGCGGAGCGAUUUCAGGAGCCCCACGGAAAUCAUCUCAUGAGAUCCAUCGGGCAUCCAAAGAAAAAUGAACCAGACUGUUUUUCAGGAAAAAGACCCAAAGAAGAGUGGUUCAAUCAAGGUUGGAAAAAUGGAUUUAUGGACAGAAAAUACAGUACAUUGGAUUUACCAAAAUGUACAGAGCUAAUGAAAGGGUUGGAGCUGCUGUACCAGCCGGAGGUGGUGAGGCUUUACCUCUCUCUUCUCACCUGCAGUCACAACCACAACACCCUGGAGGCAGCUGCAGGAGCGCUGCAGAACCUCGCUGCGGGACACUGGGCUUGGUCCAGCUAUAUCCGGGCGACAGUGAGAAAAGAGAAAGGUCUGCCUAUUCUGGUCGAGCUCCUGCGCUCAGACGUGGACAAAGCUGUGCGAGCUGUGGCCAUUGCUCUUCGCAACCUGGCUAUGGACAGAAGAAACAAAGAUUUAAUAGGGAACUAUGCUCUGAGGGACCUCGUCGGUAAUCUGCCGUGUGGGCAGCAGCAUCCAGCGAAGAAUCUCGAGGGGGAUACGGUGGUGUCCAUACUGAACACUAUUCACGAGAUCAUCACAGAUAACCCAGAGAACGCGCGGCUGCUCAUUCAGGGUCAUGCUGUGCAGAAGCUGGUGGCCAUCAAUAAGUCAAGCCAAUCAGCGCGGGAGACAAAGGCAGCCUCCCAUGUGCUUCAGACAAUAUGGGCCUACAAGGACUUGAGAAACACUCUGAACAAAGCCGGCUGGAACAAGAGCCACUUUAAGCCCACAUCUACCGGAGUGCCAAAAAAACCCAAGAGCGGAAAGCAAGGAAGUGAUGACAUCACCUUGCCUCUCAUGGACAAAACUCAAGAUGUUUAUUCAAGCUUGGAGCCAAAUGAUAGAAUUGGAGAUGGAAAGGCGCCCAUUGUUGUGGAAAGAGACACUCUUCAGGCGAUAAGUGAAAGAAAGCACUUCAUCAGAGCUGGCAGGCCUGCUGUGGGCCUCAUGGAUAACAAACCUCCACCACUGGACUCCUGGGUGUAAACGUAACAGCACGGCCAAUCAAACCAGUCAAAUCCUGCAGAGACAUUUUCCACUGAGGAUACCUGGACUCGUGCCACCUGAACAUUCUUGUACAGAGAAACAAACAGAUCCACUUACAAAUGAUUUCCUUUGUUUAUAUAAUAAUAAGAUGUGCCAAAUGCCUACAUGUAUCCAUGUUUAUUUGCUGAUAGAUUUUAUGGCUUUUCGGGAUGCUAUAGGUGUACUGGAUUCCUGAAAUUUACGAGGGAUUAAGUAUGACAUAUGAAAUAGCCCAAAUAUGCAAACUGCGGUGAAUCAUAACUCCAAAGAAUAUGACAUGUGCAAUUUGUAUUUUACUCCUUAGCUACAGUAUACUUCUUGUUUCUCAAGCUAUUCAAUUCUAAAAUAAUGUGGAUUUGAUGUUGUUCACAUCAGUAGGUUUUGGGUUUACAAUAGAUUCUGAUCUAAGUUCAUUUCCGAACUAUUUUUGUUAAGUGUUUGAGACAUGUAGGAUUAAGGCUAUCACUGACCUAACCAUCAAAAAUAUACUUGGAAUUUUGUUUUUCUCGAUUAAUCUGAGUAGACUGUAUGGCUAUUUGCCAAUCUCUGUGUCUCUAUUCCAUUUGUUUCAUGAGAGGAAAAAUGGGAUUGUACAUGUGUAACAAAGGACUGUUAAUAUUCUAAAUUUAGGCAUUUAUAUUGUAAUGUUUAUUGUAAUACUCAUGUUAUUAAUUAAAAGUUAUUUAUGUGUAUUAGCAAAGAGCAGUAAGCGAUCCUACAUUCAAUACAACUCUGCUUUGCAGUGUUCCUUUUUGCAUUGCGAUGUUGAAUGAAAAUGAAAAUAAAUUAUGUGCAUAAUU